AGGUUUGCCGCCUGCUUAAAGAGAGGCUCGUUUUUCAGCGGAGUUUCAGGACACUGGGCAUGCUCUGCUCAUGCAUGCCGGUUGAACGUUCAUCAUGACGUGCGUCCAAGAAUGCCGAGAGGAAAUCGUGCCGGAAAAUUCGUGUAAAGAUGGAGUCUGCACUCUUACUCGCCGUAAGGUUCAGACAGUGGGACCUGCCUAUUUUAAUUAUUACCGCAUAGCUCAUCAAAAUGAGGAAUCUGUUUGGCUGAACAGUAAUGAAGAGGCUGAGGAUGAAGUUGAGGAUGAUUCGUCAAAUGAGGAUGAUGACUUGGAGUACCUUAAAAGUUUGGAUGUUAAGGAGUGCAAGGAUCAAGAUCACUACAGGGUGCUUGGCCUCGGCACUAAGAGAUACAAAGCCACUGACAAUGAGAUCAGGUUGGCCUACCGUAAAAAAGUAUUAAGGCAUCAUCCUGACAAACGGAAAGCAAGAGGAGAAAAAGUAGAUCAAGAUAAUGACUACUUUGUUUGUAUAUCAAAAGCCUAUGAUGUUCUUGGCGUUCCAUCCAAGCGCCGUUCAUAUGACUCAGUAGAUCCAGAAGUUGAUGAUGGUGUUCCAACAGCCAACGAGUACACUAAGAAAAAUUUCUAUCAGGUAUUAGGAGCCUUCUUCGAGAUGAAUACUCGCUGGUCAGAAAGGCAACCUGUUCCAAAACUGGGUGGUCCAGAUGCAACAUUGAAAGAAGUAGACAGAUUUUAUAAUUUUUGGUAUGACUUCCAGUCAUGGAGAGACUUUUCCUACCUGGAUGAAGAAGAGAAAGACUCUGGCAUGGACCGAGAUCAGAGGAGAUGGAUUGACAAGCAGAACAAAGCAAUGAGAAUAAAGCGCAAAAAAGAAGAAAUGGUUCGCAUUCGCUCUUUAGUGGAUCUGGCUUACAAUAUGGAUCCUCGUGUGGCUGCUUUUAGACAGGAGGAGAUUGAAAGGAAGACUGCAGCCAAGCGGGCAAAGCAAGAUGCGGCCAGGGCUGCUCGAGCCGAGCAAGAAAGGGUUGAAAAGGAAGCUGAAGAGAAAGCUCGUCAAGAAAAAGAAGCCAAGGAGCGAGAAGAGAAAACACGCCUGGAAGCUGAGAAGAAGCAAAAGGAAGCUUUCAAGAAGGCUAUGAGAAAGGAACGCAAAACAAUGCGCGAUUUUCUUAAAGAAAAGGACUAUUUUGUUAUAAAUGAAAAUGAAAAACUUCCUCAUCUAACUGGAAUGGAGAAAAUAUGUGAAAUGCUGUCAUUAACUCAACUUCAAGAACUUAACAAUGACAUGAAGGAGCGCGGGAGAGAUGCUUUUGUGAGUGCUCUCACAGAGUGUGAACGAAAACUGGAUGAGGAAAGGCGCCUUGUUGUAGAGGCAGCUAGGCUUGGCCGCGGAGUCUCUGUGGGUACUAAUCAAAUUGCUCCAGCAACGGAGAAGGUUGAAGUUGUAUCAAAUUGGACUCCGGAACAGUUACAGUUGUUGAUUAAAGCAGUGAACAUGUUCCCUGCAGGCACUGUAGAGAGAUGGGAAUGUGUUGCCAACUUCCUUAACUCUCACGCAUCGGGUGCUGGCAUUGUUCGUACACCAAAAGAGGUUCUUGACAAAGCCAAAACAUUACAGAAAUCCGAUCACAGCCGAAGUGCAUUGCGAGAGCAAGUCAACUCAUUAGCCUUUGACAAGUUCCAGAACAACAAAAAACGUGACAUUGUGACAGUUGAAGCUGAUGGUGGGGCCUCUGAGCGUUUUGAUACCCCAGCUGCUCAGGCAGGUAAAAAUCUUGCCCCCUGGACUAAUGAAGAACAGCAGCAAUUGGAACAAGCUCUCAAGAAAUUCCCUGCUGGGACAGAUGAACGUUGGGAUAGAAUUGCUGAAGAUGUUCCAACACGUUCAAAAAAGGAUUGCAUGAAACGUUAUAAGGAACUUGUGGAAAUGGUUCGUGCCAAGCAAAGUGCGAAAUCUACUGGUGAUAACAAUUCUGCUAAACCAACAUAACCGGACCACCUUUUAGUAGGCUAGCUAUGAAGAGGAUUUGAAUUUUUUGUUACUCUAUCAUCUCUAUUGGUGCAAUUGCUCUCCUCCCAUUGUUGUGACCAAU